AUGGCCUCAAUAGGCGAGCAAUCCUUCUAUCUGCCACAUUCCCAGCUUCAAGAGAUCCAGAUUCUCGAGAAACUACAGUCUACAGAAACCUCCGAGAUAUUUCGGGUUUUGUUUCAUAACCUUGAAUACUGUCUAAAAGUGUUCCAUAUAGGUGACGAUCCAGGUCUCGCUGACGAUAGUAGAGAUCUCUGCCGAUAUCGUUGCGAGUCUCAAGUGUAUCAAGCCUUGCAUGUCCGCGGUGCCUGUAGGCUAGGGAUUGUACCGUACUUUUAUGGUCUAUUUGAUUCAUUUGACCCCGAAAUGCUCGGCCCUGAUCUUGAUAAUUUUGAUAGCGACAAGUUCUUUCCAUGCGUAAUUCUGCUAGAGUAUCUACCGAAUGCUAUAAGCUUCAAGAGUGCCAGUCUUGCUCCAGAAUCUGUCAGUAUGGUAGUUGACGGGUUAAAGACAAUACAUAGCACCGGUGUCAUUCACAACGAUGCGCAUCCGAAAAACGUUCUGACCGUCCCCGAAACAAGAUCUCAACGCGUGGUUUGGAUAGAUUUCGAUAUAUCUAUCGUAUUCUCAGCAAAAGGCACCCGGGGGCUGCUUAAUCUCAACGAUGAAGCCGAAUGGGAAGUAAGCAUUUUUGAGAGCCGUGCUCGUAAAAUGAGCUGGGAGUGGCAUGCUCUACUAAGCGGAGUACAACUGGUCAUGGCAGCAUUGAUUGUUGUAUAUCAUUUCUGGAAAUAA